ACAAUCUCUUUUCUGUAUAAACACACACACAUAUAAAUAUAACUUAAGCUCGAGCAUUAACCAAACCUUUCAUACAUCCCUCUAUCUUUCUUUUCUUUCAGAACCACAGAUUCGAGAACUAGUCUUGGCUCAGUGCUAACGUACGCAUCCAUAUGUGUCUGUCGUCUUUGCUUUUUAUAUGAUUCGGUUUCUGAUUUUGGUUUUUUGAAGUGGCUAUCUUCGUUCAUAUUCUUCUUCUUACGUAGUAACAGCUUUAUAAAAAUCCUUACAAGCAUGUAAAUUAACGUCCCAGAUCCAUUUUCUUCUCCUUCAGAAAAAAAAAAGAAAAUUUUAAUCGGUAGAUAAGUUUGAUUCAUUGGUGUCCCUGGUUUUAAUUUUUGUUUGGUGAAACUAGUCCUGGCAAAGUUUGAAGCAGAAGUGUAAACCCAAAUUUAUAAAAACCUCAAAUCAUGUAAAUUUCGUCUCUUGAAAUUUAUCUCACUAGCUCCUACAAAAAAAGAAAAAAAGAAGAAGUAUUUUCUUCAAAACAAAAUACAAAAAGAAUACCGGAAAAGGUAAGGAUGUCUCCGCCAGAGGCUGAAAUGGGUGCGGUGGCGGUGACGGCUCCGCCGACGCCAGGAACGCCGGGAGGACCGUUGAUCACGGGGAUGAGAGUUGAUUCAAUGUCGUUCGAUCAUCGGAAACCGAUACCUCCAUGCAAAUGCUUGCCGGUGAUGGGAAACCCUUGGGGUCAACACGACACGUGCUUCACCGAUUUUCCCUCUCCUGGUGUCUCCCUUACUCGCAAGCUUGGGGCUGAGUUCGUGGGAACAUUCAUCUUGAUAUUCACCGCGACAGCCGGUCCAAUCGUGAACCAGAAAUACGACGGAGCUGAAACCCUAAUCGGCAACGCGGCAUGCGCAGGACUCGCAGUGAUGAUCAUAAUUCUCUCAACCGGUCACAUAUCAGGGGCUCACUUAAAUCCAUCACUGACUAUAGCAUUCGCAGCUCUACGACACUUUCCUUGGGCCCACGUACCUGCUUACAUAGCAGCGCAAGUCUCAGCUUCCGUAUGCGCUUCAUUCGCACUCAAAGCAGUUUUCCAUCCUUUCAUGUCGGGAGGUGUGACUGUUCCGUCUGUUAGUGUUGGACAAGCCUUUGCUCUUGAGUUUAUCAUCAGUUUCAUUCUCCUCUUUGUUGUUACUGCCGUUGCCACCGACACUCGUGCCGUUGGAGAAUUGGCUGGUAUAGCUGUUGGAGCCACUGUCAUGCUCAACAUUCUUGUCGCAGGGCCAUCUACUGGUGCAUCUAUGAAUCCCGUUAGGACUCUAGGACCAGCCCUUGCAUCAGGAAACUAUAGGUUACUUUGGGUUUAUCUGGUAGCUCCUACACUUGGUGCAAUAUCUGGAGCAGCCGUGUACACAGGCGUCAAGCUUAACGAUAACGUGACUGACCCACCGCGUCAGGUUAGAAGCUUCCGUCGUUAAGUGAGCGACUUGUCCAGAAGUCUUCUGCUUGUUACUGUUACUGUAUAAUUUAAUAAUAAUGUAAUGUUAUGAAAAGCUUUGGAAGCUUUUGUGAAGAAUAAAAGGCGAUGUGACUACAAGUCCACGCUCUAUGUGUGCAUAGCAUCGGUUUAUAAAUCCGAUGCGACCUCGUCUCGUCA